CACUCGACCCUCUCGGGCCUCGGCUACUCGGGCUGAGGCGGAAGAUGGCGGCUCCGGAGGCUCGGCCGGACCGCUCUGAGGGGGCGCUGGCUGCUGCUCUGGAGGACGUGCCUGAACUAGCCAGACUUUUGGAGAUCGACCCGUACCUGAAGCCCUUCGCCCCGGACUUCCAGCGCAGGUAUAAGCGUUUCAACCAGACUUUGGACAGCAUUGGAGAGAAUGAAGGUGGUAUUGAUAAGUUUUCCAGAGGUUAUGAAUCUUUCGGUGUCCAUAGAUGUGCUAACGGUGGAUUACGCUGCAAGGAAUGGGCCCCAGGAGCAGAAGGAGUCUUUCUUAGUGGAGAAUUCAAUGAUUGGAAUCCAUUUUCAUAUCCUUAUAAAAAGCUGGAUUAUGGGAAAUGGGAGCUGAUUAUCCCACCAAAGCAGAAUAAAUCUCCAUUAAUACCACAUGGAUCCAAAUUAAAGGUUGUUAUUAGGAGUAAAAGUGGAGAGAUCUUGUAUCGUAUUUCACCGUGGGCGAAGUAUGUGGCUCGUGAAGGUGAUAAUGUGAAUUAUGAUUGGAUGCACUGGGAUCCAGAGCACAUGUACCAAUUUAAGCAUUCCAGGCCAAAGAAGCCCAAAAGCCUCAGAAUUUAUGAAUCUCAUGUGGGAAUUUCUUCCCAUGAAGGAAAAAUAGCUUCUUAUAAACAUUUUACAUGCAAUGUACUACCAAGAAUCAAAGACCUUGGAUAUAACUGCAUUCAGUUGAUGGCGAUCAUGGAGCAUGCUUACUAUGCCAGUUUUGGGUACCAAAUCACAAGUUUCUUUGCAGCUUCAAGCCGUUAUGGUACUCCGGAAGAGCUGAAAGAACUGGUCGAUACAGCUCACUCAAUGGGUAUUACAGUCCUCUUGGAUGUGGUACAUAGCCAUGCUUCAAAAAAUUCAGAAGAUGGGUUAAAUAUGUUCGAUGGUACAGAUUCCUGUUACUUUCAUUCUGGACCUAGAGGGAAUCAUGAUCUUUGGGACAGUAGAUUGUUUGCCUACUCCAGCUGGGAAGUUUUACGAUUUCUUCUGUCAAACUUAAGAUGGUGGUUAGAGGAAUAUGGCUUUGAUGGAUUUCGUUUUGAUGGUGUUACAUCCAUGCUCUAUCAUCACCAUGGAAUGGGUCAAGGAUUUUCAGGUGGUUACCAUGAAUAUUUUGGACUACAUGUAGAUGAAGAUGCCUUAAUUUACCUCAUGUUGGCAAAUCAUUUGGUUCACACAUUGUAUCCAGAUUCUAUAACAAUAGCUGAGGACGUAUCAGGAAUGCCAGCUCUGUGUUCUCCCAUUUCCCAGGGAGGGGGCGGCUUUGACUAUCGAUUAGCCAUGGCAAUUCCAGAUAAAUGGAUCCAGCUAAUUAAAGAAUAUAAAGAUGAAGACUGGAAUAUGGGCAAUAUAGUGUACACACUCACAAACCGACGCUACCUUGAAAAGUGCAUUGCUUAUGCAGAGAGCCAUGAUCAGGCACUCGUUGGGGAUAAAACAUUGGCAUUUUGGUUGAUGGAUGCUGAAAUGUAUACCCACAUGAGUGUUCUGGCUCCUUUCACUCCAGUCAUCGAUCGUGGAAUACAGCUUCACAAAAUGAUUCGACUUAUUACUCAUGCACUUGGUGGAGAAGGCUAUCUCAAUUUCAUGGGUAAUGAAUUUGGGCAUCCCGAAUGGUUAGAUUUCCCCAGGAAAGGAAAUAAUGAAAGUUACCAUUAUGCCAGAAGGCAGUUUAAUUUAACUGAUGAUGACCUUCUUCGCUAUAAGUUCCUAAAUAACUUUGACAGGGAUAUGAAUAAAUUGGAAGAAAGAUGUGGUUGGCUUUCUGCUCCACAGGCCUAUGUAAGUGAAAAGCAUGAAGCCAAUAAGGUUAUCACUUUUGAGAGAGCAGGUCUUCUUUUUAUUUUCAACUUUCAUCCAAACAAGAGCUACACUGAUUAUCGAGUUGGAACGGCAUUGCCAGGAAAAUAUCCUUUUUUUAUGAGUGAAGUGAGAGAGUUGUACUUACAGGAGCUAUAAAGGUAACUUCCUUCCUCUCUACCUUUCCUGUCUCCUAAAAUACAGGGCAUAACUCACUUUUGUAGAAUUUUGUAGAACUGAUUUGGCAAGACUCAGGCUGGGAGAUGUGAGCAAAAGAAAUAACAGGUAGAAUAAUAUUAUGUCCUCUGUAUAUUCACUUACUCGUUUGUUCAUUUCAAAGGUACUCAUUGAGUAACUGUUUAUUGAAUAUCUGUGUCCAGCUCUGCGCUAGGUGCUGCAAAUAUAGGAAUUUUCCUAGCAGAUAAAGUCAUUGCCCUCAGGGAGAAUUUAAACUGCUGAUCAAGACAAAUAUUACUUGUAAGUUUGACAGUUAUUAUAAAAGGAAAAGGACAGUGUAUUUUAAACGGAUUAUGAAUUCCCAGACCCAUGGACAAAGUGGCAGAUUCAGGACCUAGCAACAAAUGAACAUACAUGUUUACACGCACAGUAGGAAUAAUGUGUUUCUCCCCUGAAGCCCUAACAAUGAUUAGUGUCUACCACCUGAGCCAGACAUCUGAAGUCAACAUGAAGCCCUGUGUGUUGGAGAGCCUCUGGCUGCAAUAAGAGAAAGCCCUAUUCAACUGUCUCAAGCAAUAAGGGAAAUUUAUUUUGUCACAUAAUAAAAGCUCUAGGGUCGGUGACCUCAGCACUGUGACAACAUUAUCAUGUUCCCUGGAUUGUUCUUUCUGAUUUCUACCUAGGGACAUCAGCCAUGUCCAAGGGCUGGCACCUGUUGUAGCUCAAGACAGUCAUGGCUCCAGAUCUCACCUUCAGACACAACAAAAGCCAAACAUUUUACUUUCAAUUUUUUGUGUCUCUUUUUAAGAAUAAAGUCACUUUAGCAAACUUCCUUUCAUAUUCUGCUGACCAGAAUUCGGUUACAUAGCCCAAAAAUAUUUUAGAAGGAGAAUCAUGUCACCAUGAUUGGCUUAAUCAGGAAUUCCCACUGAGUACCCAGGAAGUAGAUGCUGGUGAAGUGCUUACUUAGAUAGAACGUUUCUCUGGCAAUAAAGAGGAAAGGGCCAGUGUAUUCUGGUAAGUAGCCUGAGUCCCAGCCUGUAUGCUUGGUGACACUGAGGGUGGUGAGAUGUGGUUUCCUACCUUCUCCCCACCUAUCAGAUUGCCGUCCUACAGGAUGACAAAGUAUUUAAGAUGGGAGCUUGUAGCUAUAACUGAUAGUGCAAAUGUGCCUCAGUUAACACAGAAAAUAACAAAAAGCAAGGUAAUAGGAUUGCGUGCACUAAAAAUGAACUAUUCUGUUACAGUAAGCAUAUGUUCUCAACAUCUUUAUGAAGAAAUGCAAAUCCUAGUCUAGAUGCAUAGCAGUUUAUAAAUGACCCUUUUAGCUCCAUUUAGUCCCAAGACUAAAUGUUUCUAUACCUGACCAUGUAAUAUAAUCAAAAUGUAACUUUGAUUAGAAUCAAACCAAAACACAUUUAUAGAUCACUUAGGUUCUAUUGCAAUCAUUGUUAAACACUUUUCCUUGACACUAAGUGGGCGAGAAGGUGUGUAAAACCAGACUUGGAUGUAAGUCAUAGUGCAAUAAAUGGGACAAGGACAGGAAUGUUCCAUGGGAGAACAGAGGACAAGAAAAAGAAAAAUAAAUAAAUAAUUGAGAGAGGUUGAUUGAUUAAAGGAAAUGACCUUUAAGCCUGGACCUUGAGAAGUGGAUAAAAUUGUAAGAGAAAAAAAUUGAGGAAGGCCAUUUCAGCCUUUGGAAACCAUAGGAAAUCCUUAGAUAAUGGGCAGUACAGUGGAUUAAUUGGAGAGUGAUAACCAUAAAAAAGAGUACUAAGAGAUAAAGCUGAAAAGUUAGAUUGAGGUCACAUAAUAGAAGAUUUCAUUGCAAUAUUAAUUAGUUUAGGCUUUUUUUUUUUUAAUAGUCUUACAGCAAGUCACUGAAAGUUUUUGAAUUAGUGUGUCACUUAGUGAGGAUGUAUACUUUAGGAAAAGUUCUUAUAUACUCAGUGUGUAGGAGAGCUUUCAUGAGGAGAUUGGAAGUACAGAUAUUAAUUAUAAGAAAUUGCAGUACAUAUAAAAGAUAAUUAGGGCAUUUACUAACAUAAUGGCAAUAAGAUAGAAAGAGAAAUAUAAAGCCCUUUCUUAUGGUGAAAGAACUCAGCAGUUGUUUGGACAUAGACUGUAGAAGGUAAAAAGAUGGUUUCACUUUGAACAAUGGGAAGAAUGAUAGUGGUAUUAUUACUAAGGAGAGUAAAGCAAGAAAGAGAAAUCAGUUUGGUCUAAUGUGUGUUUAAUUUGUGAUCACUGACAUCUCGGAAUACAUGGAAUUUCAAUGACAAUUUUAGGAGAAAAAUCUUGACUUAUGCCACAUUGAUCUUUUAUCUGAAAUCUAUGUAGCCUUAACAGAUAUCAUUAAAUGAAAGCAUCAGCAAUGGCAUAGUACAUUUUAUUAAAUAGAACUCACCCAAAAGUUAAUUUUAUUUAUUUGUGCAAAGGUACACUUUAGAUGAAAGUCAAGUUUGGCUUUGCUAGACCUUGUCACAAAUUAUCUCCUGAAAUUUAGUGUUUUGUCUAAAUGUUUGUAGGCACUUAUUUUACAGAAAGUCUAUAUUUUAAUGAGCACUGAAUUCCUUGUAUUAGUGACCCAUUUCAAAAACUAUGCUCAUUGAAAUUUAUAAUGAUAGAAACACCUUGGGAAAAUAGACCAUAUCUUCAUAGAAGUAAUAGUGAAAGUUGCUCAUCUAUUGGCUAUAUUAUGGAAUAUUUCUUUUCAUAAUGACAAUUUUUCUGAGGAGGGGACCAGAAGAGUCAUACCUUGAACACACCUUCUAAUUAGUUAUAUUGCCAACCUCAACUUCCUGGUUAAAGUCAUAAAAUCUUCUGGAUUUUGCAAGGUUUUAUACUCCAAUGACCCAAUUCAAUGCAGAAAUCCCAUCUGUAACCUUCUCCACAAGUAGUAGCUAACCAAUAGGAUACUUUGCAUUCCUUGGAAUCCUACUGUUUCACAUGGUAAACAAUUGAAGUUCUUACAAAAAAGUUUAAAUAUUGCCAAAAAUGUAAACGAAGUUGCUCUGUUUUUUGGGACUAAUGCCUGUUCUUCCUGCCCGUUCCUCAAAUCGGAAAGGCACUUAAUGUGCUCCUGACAGUACCAUCUCUUCCAAGAGUUCCCUCUUCCAGACUGAAUCCUCAGGUUUCAUCAAUAAAUUCUUCUGUUACUUUCCAGACUUCUUACCAUUACAUCUCCUUUAUCAAAACGCACCUGCCAUUAUUCAUGUUCCUUUUACACUGUGUCUCCAGAACUAACAACAUAGUAUUAUAGAUACUGUCUGACAAGUAUAACAUAGAGUACCCCAUUACCUCCCUUUAUCUUGACAUUGCUCUCUUAUUAUUAUCCUUAGAGUUACAUUAACUUUACUGACAGCCAUCACAUUCUCUGCUCAUAUUAUAUCUGCAUUAAAAUAUAUCUUUAGUUUUCUGUCUUUGUUUUAGUAUUAUGUCAUAUCCCCCCUGUUCUUUAUCUAGUUAGUAAUUUUCAUCAAAAAAUUCUAAUCUGGGCCUCCCUGGUGGUGCAGCAGUUGAGCACUGGGCUGCGAACCUGCCCGCAGCUUCUGCAACACUGGUUCGAUCCCCUGCCACAGGAGAGGGUCCCACAUGGCACACAGACCUCUCCUGCUGUGCCUGCUGCUCCCCUCAGCAGUGUACUUCAGUCCUUCUGCCUGUUCUGCUCCCUGCUGUGACUCUGGUGAAUUCUCUCACCCUCCCGCACUUCUGACUGUAACCAGUGCU